AUGAAUAAAGAAAGAAAUGGGCAGGCUUCACUCACAACUGAUCACUGUGAUUUUGAGAGCGGAGAUUGCGGCUACACUCCCGGGAGCGGAAGUAACUUCAACUGGAAUGUCAUCCAGCCAAGUUCAGAUGUCAACACGCCCUCUAUCGACAGUACUUACCGAACUGCAGCAGGACACGUUCUUUUUGCUGAUAUUUCAUCUUUGACAUCGAAGAAUCAGAAAGGGAUUAUUGAGACCGGUAUGUUCGAUGCGACCGGGGUUAAAGGUCAAUGUUUUCAGUUCUGGUACUACAUGGGGACGUCUACCGUAUCUGUACUAAAGGUAUUCUUGGUGAUAGGAGGAGAACGAACCAAACUAUGGGAGAUGCAUUCUGCUAGCCAUCCUGCAGAAUGGCAUGUUCAAGAAACAAACCUUGUCAGUACAACACAGAAAAUGAAGAUUUCAUUCGAAGCUAGCAGUGAUAACAUCGACUGGCCAGGCGGUAUAGCAAUAGAUGAUAUUACCUUGGCGGAUUUCCCCUGCUCACCUUUUGGUAGCUGUGACUUUGAGAAUGGAUACUGUACGUGGAAGAAUGAAGAAAAUGAUGAUGACACUAACUGGCUGCGUAACAAUGGAAAGACGAUAUCGGCUAACACUGGAGCUGAUGUGGAUCACACGUAUGGGACUGAGGAUGGUGAAUACAUCUACUUAGAAGGCUCGUUCCUGGAAGAGGGAAAUGCCGCCAUCUUGAAAUCCACAGUGUUCACAGCCGAUACAACCCGAUGCUUCGGGUUCUGGUAUUUCAUGAUGGGUAGUGGGAUAGGUAAUCUCAUAACACAGAUCACUGCCGAGGGUCUAUCCCCAGAACUGACUCUCAGGACCAUACAAGGAAACAAGGGAUACGGAUGGAAACAAGCUUUUGUUCCCAUACAAUCUUUAUCUGGUUCAUACUCCUAUGAGAUUCUCCUGAAAGGUACCAUUGGUCCUACUCCAUACGCUGAUAUCUCCAUCGAUGACAUCACUGUUGAGAACAGGGAUUGCUCUGAUGAAGCCGCUCCGGUUACACACAACUGCAAUUUCGAGAGCGAUCUCUGCUACUGGUAUCAAGAUGAACAAGACGAUUUUAAUUGGGUUCGGGCUUCAGGAGUCUCGGAUAGUGCAGGAACCGGACCCGGAGCGGACCAUACCUAUGGAAAUGAUCGAGGAUACUACAUAUAUACAGAAGCCUCUGGUCUCCAACCUGGCAACGUGGCUCGCCUGUUGUCUAAUCUCCUUAUCAGCCCAAGUGAAGGUAGCUGUAUGGAGUUUUGGUAUCAGAUGUACGGUAUGCACCUUGGAAGUCUAAACGUAUACAUGAAGAUUGAUGAUAAUGAGACCGCCCUCUGGAGUGAGACAGAGUCCAGGGGUCCACAUUGGAUUCCAGCACGAGUGCAGAUUAAUACAACGGACCGGUUCACUCAUAGGAUAAUGGGAAAUUUCGUAUUGCCUCUAGUGGCCUACAGUCGCUAUUGUGGGUUGUGA